CACUCCCAGAGAAGUCACUGAAGUUUUCCCGUUGCUUCACCUGCUGCCCUCUGCUCUGCUCUGGUUAUCCCCCCAAAUGGAGCGAUCCACACGGGAACUCUUCCUGAACUUCAUGAUUGUCCUGCUUACGGUGUUACUCAUGUGGCUCUUUGUGAAGUCUUAUCUGGAAUGAAAGACAAUCAGAAACUCUCGGAGCCGAUUUAAGUAUGUCUCUGCAGACAUAAGUAACAUCCUCAGCACACUUCUGAGUAGCUCUCAGGCAAUUGAGGAUGACAUGAUUUUUUUUUACUCUUGAAUUUCUGUUGCCUGUGCUGAUGUUUGUAAUGGGUCUAUGAUGGUGUAAUUAUUUUAUUCUGCAGUGAUCCAGCUGUAAAGUGUAAAAUGCAAGAUCGUUAGGCUCUGUUACAUGUAGUUGUCUCCUCCAGCAGUUGUUGGAAGGUUGUA